AUUAUAUAAAUACAUGUUUGUAAAAUAUUGUUUAGUGAUGUUUAUAUGAUUUAUCUAAUAUGUUAUAAAGUUUCGAUUCAAUAUUAAUUCAUCAUUGAUCAUGAAAGUGACGUAUUCCUGGCUAAUAUAUUCAUACAUGAUUUUUGGAAUAGACGUUUUUUGUGAAAGAAUACUUGAAAAACGACAAACUGUUUCAUCAUGCAAAAUCGCAGACCACUAUACAUGUAUAUCUGGUCAAUGUAUUAAUAAAUCAUCAAUUUGUGAUGGAACUCAAGACUGUAAUGAUGGGUCUGAUGAAACUUUAUCAUUAUGUGAAACACUUCGGAAUGUUUGUAUUCUACCGAGCCUUGAAGGAGUUAUAUAUUCUUACCAAGGUUCAGAUGACAUUUUAGCUCACGGAACACUGAUUAAUCACAAACGCACUAUUAUUGAGAACUGUGAAAUUGGAUAUCAUAAGGCUUACCCCAACAGUUUUAGGGUUUGUCAGAAUAAUGGAACAUGGACAUCGAAAUCUGAGAAACUGUGUUUCAAAUGCGGUAGAUCGUAUAUCGGACACCAAUUAUUGAUCGAUAAUGGUAAGAAAGCGCAGAUUGGAACAGCACCUUGGAAUGUAGCAGUAUAUCGAUUUAAUAAAGAGAAUUCCAAAUAUGACUUGAUAUGUGGAGGAUCACUUAUUGCUCCAAAUUUAAUUGUUUCUGCGGCUCAUUGUUUUUGGAAAGAUGUUUUACCAUCUAAUAGAAUAUCAAUAAACGAUAGUCUAUAUAGAAUUGCUGUUGGGAAAUAUGAUAGAAAUUACACAGUUAUUGACAAUGAUUUUACUCAAAUAAUGGAUGUGGAAACAAUUUAUCUGAAAGAAGACUAUUUGGGAUAUAAUCGUUUUUAUUCUGAUGAUAUAGCUGUUAUCGUGUUAUCGAAUAGAGUUAAUAUUAGUGAUGCUGUUGCACCAGUGUGUGUUGAUUGGAAUGGUAGAUAUAAUGUAAUAAAUGGAACACAAGGGAAGGUUGUUGGUUGGGGAAAUAGGGAAAACUCCGUACCAAGUCCAGUUUUGUUAGAAGCAACUUUAUCGUACAGUAAUUAUGAUUCUUGUCGGACCAUACAUAGAAAUAAUGAUUUUCGAAUGUUUGUGACUUUUGAUAAAUUUUGUGCCGGAUCUACAUCAGGACAGGGAGUUGAGGAAGGUGACAGUGGUGCAGGCUUGACGUUUUUACAUUCUAAUUUUUAUUAUUUAACCGGAAUAGUGAGUCUAAAGGAUACAAAUCCAAAUAAUUCAAUUGCAGUAUUUACAAAUGUUAGUUCACACAUUAAAUGGCUUCGUGAACUGUAUAAUAAAUAUAGUUCUUAUGAAAGUGACAAUAUGCUGGAUAUGUCAAAUACAUGUGUUUUACCAACUGCCGAUGGAGUAAUAUAUUCCUAUAAAGAUUCAGAUAAAAUUUUAGCUCAUGGGACAUUAAUUAAACAGCAUCGUGUUGUAAUUGAGAACUGUGAAGUUGGAUAUCAAAAGGCUUAUCCAAGUGGUCUUAGGAUUUGUCAGGGAAAUGGAGAAUGGAUAUCGAAUUCUAAGAAAUUGUGUUUCAAAAAGUGUCCACCUCUAUUAUCAGAUAGUUUAGAUAUUGAAUGUACUCUAAAUGGUAACUAUGCUAAUUGUUCAAAUCCGUCUAUACCCGAUACGUUAGCAAUCCAAUCAUGUAAGUCAACUCAUAGACUACUAAAUGGACAAGAAACGACUUCAAUUGAAUUGCGUUGUCAGUUUAAUGGAUCGUGGAAUAAGCAACUAGAUAUAUGCAUCCCACAUUGUGGUAGAUGGUAUGUUGAUAAAAAAUUAUUGAUCAAUAAUUUUAAUACAGCACCUUGGAACGUAGUGAUAUAUGAAUUUAAUAAUAUUAGUUUCGAGUAUCAUAAAUUAUGUUCAGGAUCAUUAAUUAGUUCAAAUUUAGUCGUUUCAGCGGCUCAUUGUUUUUGGCAUGAGAGUAUGUCGUCUAAUCGAAUAUCAAAUAUAAACAAUGGUCCAUACAAAAUCGGCGUUGGACAAUUUUCUAGAAAUGAUACGGCUAUUUACGAUGAAUUCACUCAAAUAAUAGAUGUGAAAUCAAUUUAUCUGCAUGAAUAUUAUUCUGGAGUAGCUGGUUUCUAUGCUAAUGAUAUAGCUGUUAUUGUGUUAAAAGAUAAAGUUUCUAUUAGCUAUGGUGUAGCACCCGUUUGUAUUGAUUGGAGUUUUAAAUAUAAUGUAAAUAUAUUGUACAUUGAUCAAAAAUCUUGUCGAGAAAAGUUUACAUAUGGAUUGGAAAAGUAUGUGACUACUGAUAAGUUUUGUGCUAGAUCUUCAUUAGAAAAUAAAUAUCAUAUCACUGGUACAGGCUGGACAUUUUUACAUUCUGAUUUUUAUUAUUUGACUGGAAUAUUUAUUUUCAAUGAUGCAAAUAAAAUUAAUCCAAUUGGAGUUUUUACAAAUGUUAAAUACUACAUUCAAUGGAUUUUUGAAUUGUAUAAUAAAUAUAAUUUAUUAAUAAUCUUAUAUUCCGAGAACGCGUUUAUUUGUUCGAAUGGAUUGUGCAUCGAGACGUCGGCUAUUUGUAACGGUAGUGCAGAUUGUUCAGAUGGUUCAGACGAGACAAAAAAAUUAUGUCCUAGGCAAAUAUGCCCAAAAUCUGCAUAUCGAUGUAAAUAUGGAGCUUAUGUGGAUACGAGUACGAAAUGCGAUAGUAAAAAUGAUUGUGUCGAUGGCUCUGACGAAAACUUACCCGAAUGUAAACAAAGCUCUAUAAACAGUAUUCAAUACAUCGAUGGAUCAACCACAUGCCUCGCAGACCAGUAUAAAUGUAUAUCUGAUCAAUGUAUUGAUAAAACAUCAAUUUAUGAUGGAAUUCGAGAUUGUAAGGAUGGGUUUGAUGAAACUUUAGAGUUAUGUGAAAAAAUAAGGUAUCCAAAGUGUACUUUUUGGUGUAAAUAUGGUGCUUGUGUCAUUAAAAAUAGUAAAUGUGAUGGUGUAAGACAGUGUGUUGAUGGAUCCGAUGAAGAAAAAUGUAGGUAUCGUAAAUUAUACAAUAAAACUAACGAUGCAAUCCAAUAUAAAAUAUGUAUUAUUUUAUUUUAGACUAUAAUGAACAGCACUGUAGGCUGCAUUCUUCCAACUGUCGAAGGAGUUAUAUAUUCUUACAAAGAUUCAAAUAUAAUUUUAUCUCACGGAACAUUGAUAAACGGUAAUUGCACUAUAAUUGAGAACUGUGAAAUUGGAUAUUAUAAGGCUUACCCCAAUAAUUCUAGGGUUUGCCAGGAAAAUGAAAACUGGACUUCGAAUUUUCAGAAAUCAUGUUUCAAAAUAUAUCCACCUUUAUUAUCCGAUAGUCUAGAUAUUAAAGGUACUCUAAAUGGUGAUUAUGCAAAUUGUUCAAAUCCGUCAAUACUUGGUACAAAAGCUAUACAAUCAUGUAAGCCUACCCAUAUAAUACCAAAUGGACGAGAAGAGACUCCAAUUGAAUUACUUUGUCAGUCUAAUGAAGUGUGGAAUAAUCAAUUACAUACUUGCAUUCCAUAUUGCGGUAGAUCGUAUGUCAGACACUAACCAUCGAUCUAUAAUGGUAAUACAGCAUAUGUUGGAACAGCACCUGGGAAUGUUGGAAUAUAUCUAUUUAAAAAUGAGAGUUCCAUGUAUGACUUGAUAUGUGGAGGAUCAUUAAUUAGUCCAAAUUUAGUCGUUUCUGCGGCUCAUUGUUUUUGGCAUGAGAGUAUGUCGUCUAAUCGAAUAUCAAUAAACGAUGGUCUAUACAAAAUCGCCGUUGGAAAAUAUACUAGAAAUUAUACGGUUAUUGACAAUGAAUUUACUCAAAUAAUGGAUGUAAACAUAAUUUAUUUGAAAGAAGGUUAUUAUGGAACAAAUGAGUUUCAUAGUGCAGAUAUAGCUGUUAUCGUGUUAAAAAACAGAAUUUCUAUUAGUGUUGGUGUUGCACCAGUUUGCGUUGAUUGGAAUUCUUCAUAUAAUAUAACAAAUGCAGCUCAAGGAAAGAUUGUUGGUUGGGGAAAAACGGAAAAAAACAUAUCAAGUCCUGUUUUAUUAGAAACAACUUUAGUAUACAUCGAUCAUAAUUCUUGUCGAAGCACGUAUACAAAUAGUUUUCAAAUGUUUGUGACUAUUGAUAAGUUCUGUGCUGGGUCUAUUUUAGAUCAAAAAGUUCGUGAAGGUGACAGUGGUACAGGCUUAACGUUUUUACAUUCAAGUUUUUAUUAUUUAACUGGAGUAUUUAGUGUUCAGGAUUCAAGAACGGAGAAUUUAAUAACAGUUUUUACAGAUGUUAAAUAUCUCAUUGAAUGGAUUCGUGAAUUGUAUAACAAUUAUAGUUCUUAUACAAAUGAUAACUUAUCUAAGUUCAACAGUAAAUACAAAUAA